AUGGCCGAGACCAUUUCUAUUGUCGAGGCGACCAUCGACCAGCUCCAGGCCGCCCUGGCUUCCGGCCAGACCAACAGCGUCGAGCUGACGGCGAGACAUCUCAUCCGCAUAGCCAAGUUCGACCGCCGAGGCCCGCGACUCAAUGCGCUCCCCAUCAUCAACCAGCAGGCCCUGGACGACGCGCAGGCGGCAGACGAGCGUCGAGCGGGCCAACAGGCAACUGGCAGCCUCGAAGGCAUUCCGUGCACCAUCAAGGACAGCUACAAGAUCAAAGGCCUGACCGUGGCCUCGGGCGCCCCGGCGUUCCAGUCGCUGGUGGCCACCACGGAUGCAUUCACCGUCGAGCAGAUCAAAGCCGCCGGCGCCGUCAUCCUGGCCAAGUCCAACAUGCCGCCCAUGGCCGCCGGGGGCAUGCAACGGGGCGUCUAUGGCCGAGCCGAAAGCCCCUACAACCAGGACUAUCUUACCGCGGCGUUCGCGUCCGGAUCGUCCAAUGGCUCGGCAACCGCCACCGCCGCCAGCUUCGGCGUCUUCGGCAUGGGCGAGGAGACCAUCUCGUCGGGAAGGUCGCCGGCCUCCAACAACGGCCUGGUCGCAUACACUCCUUCGCGCGGACUCAUUUCCAUCCGUGGGAACUGGCCGUUGUUCCCGACUUGUGACACCGUCGUCCCCCACACGAGGACCGUCACAGACAUGUUCCGACUGCUGGACGUCAUCGUCAAACAUGACGGAAUCAAAGCCGGUGAUUUCUGGAGGGCCCAGCCCUUUGUUGCCCUCCCCUCAGUCGACGCCGUCCGACCCAAAUCUUACCAAGAGCUGCAGGACGCUAACGCCUUGGCCGGGAAGCGGAUCGGGGUGCCGAAAAUGUACAUUGGGAAGCAGGACCCCGACGCUCUGCCCGUCCAUGUCAGCCCGGCAGUGGUCAAGUUGUGGGAGAAGUCGAGGGCCACGCUCGAAUCUCUGGGAGCCACGGUGGAAGAAGUCGAGUUUCCUCUGGUCAAGAACUUUGAGCGAGGCACCAAGCAUGACCCCUCGCAAGGGCCUUAUUUCACCCCGCUGGCCAAAAGUGACAUUGACAUGUGUCAAUUGAUGGCCUAUGCCUGGGAUGAUUUUCUGGUCGAUAAUGCCGCCUCACCAAGUACCCUCGCAGAUGUUGAUCCGGCUAACAUCUUCCCACAGCCGCCGGGCAGCUUGAAGGAUAGGUAUGGAGAUGAUGACCCUUUGGCACAGCAUGCUGCUGUCGUGGCGCAAAUCACAAACGGCCGCAUUGGCACUUACGACAUCCCGGGUCUUGAAGAUGCCUUGAAGUCGCUCGAGGCUCGUCGGAAAUCUGAUUUUGAACUGUGGCUCGAUCAGAAGAAGCUGGAUGCUGUGGUUUGGCCGUGUGCCGGGGAUGUCGGCCGUGCCGACGCUGACGUGAAUGAAGAUUCGGCGCGAGACGCCUGGCGCAACGGAGUCUUGUAUUCGAAUGGAAACUGCGUGAUUCGCCAGUGUGGCGUUCCGACAGUCAAUGUGACCAUGGGCGUCAUGGAAGACACCCGCAUGCCUGUCAAUUUGACCUUCGCCACAAAGGCAUACCAGGACAACGAUAUUCUGAAAUAUGCCUACGCGUUCGAAGCCGCGUCCAAAGCUAGAAUCCCGCCGCCGCGGACGCCUCAACUCGAGACCGACAACAUUUCCCUCAAGCCGGUAGGCUCCGUCGGCAAGGAGCCUCCGGUUCUCACUGCCCAGGUAACGAGCCUAGGAGAGCAAGGGGCAGAAAUUCUCGCCAUCUCGGGCUCUCUGGAGUGUGAUCGUUCCGGUGGAUUAGAUGCCCUGGGGGUAUACGUUGAUGGCGAACCGGUCGACGACAUCAGCAUUCAAGGCUCAAAGUGGUCAGCCCAGGUCGUGAGGCCUUCCAGUGUCAAACUUCGGCCGAAGGAAAAGGCCGUUCCAGCUCUCAACAAGGCCAUGAUAGUGGUGCUGGCGUCCGCCAACAACAGCAGGUCCGCAGCACAACUUCUUUUUGCGUAG